AUGUCUUCUCUUUCUUCAUUCUCAGAUUUCCAACCACGGACUCGAAACAGACGCCCCAACAUGGCUAUGAUUGCUUUAAAUCAACAAUCGCGACAUGCGAUUUCACGUAUGUUCAAACACAAGACAUUUAAAGAUGAAAUACUUGCUUUUUAUGCAAGGCAGUCUGAAGGACUUGCACCUAUUCCAAUCUAUCUUCACAACACAGUUUAUGCACAGCUUGUUGAACAACAACACUUGAUUUAUACUCAAAUAUGUGGCCAUACCAGUUCAUCCACCAAAACGUCAAGUAUAGACUUGAUUCAUGAUGACCCUAUAGAAAAGAUAUUCUUUGAAGAUAUCUCUUUUGCUAUUCCAGAACCUACGAUAAAAAAGAUUCCUUCAUCACAAGAAUAUGAAGCAUUACAGGCCUUGUUGACAAGUGAUUCGUUUAGGCUAUCUUUAGCUAUGCAGGAUCUUCGGUUACCUACAGCAUGGGAUAUGCGAGCCAAAGGUGAUCAUAUUGAUAUAAGUCAAAACUGUAUGCAAUUGACGUACAGAGGAAAUGGAAAAGAUGAUCCUGAAGUAUCUUCUGCUAGAGCCAAUUAUGCAAUGAGAAGACAAUGUGGUGUUUAUUAUUUUGAAAUACAUAUCUUGUCUAAAGGAACGGAUGGUCAUAUUGGUAUUGGGUUUUGUAGAAGAAUCAAUAGUCUAGAUCGAUUUCCAGGCUGGGAAGAACAUUCAUGGGGAUAUCAUGCUGAAAAUGGCAAUGUAUUCUCUGGUCCUGGUACAGGCAAGGCAUAUGGGCCAAAAUACAGCACAGGAGAUAUUAUAGGAUGUGGCAUUGACUUCCGCGACAUGUCUGCAUUCUAUACAAAGAAUGGUAUUUACUUGGGAACAGCAUUUCAAAAGAUUAAAGAAGUGGAUCUUUAUCCAUUUGUUGGGUUCAAGACAUCAGGCGAGAGAAUAGAAGCUAAUUUUGGUGCAAGACCCUUCAAGUUUGAUAUUCAACAGUACAUGGCAAAUGAAAAGCGAGCAUUAUUAAGUCGAAUUGGACUAAAACCCUUUAUUGUUGAUCAUAAACAGUCGCCUGUGGUUCAUCAUUCAGUUGCUACUGAAUUAGCUGAUAAAGUGGUAGUGGAAUAUUUAAAGCAUCAUGGAUAUACAAGAUCCGCACAGGCAUUAGAGAAAGCACUUGUAUUAAAAGGCAAUGCACCUAGUCAAGAUUAUUUAGAUACAGAAACCAUGCGUAGACAAGAUAUACGUUAUGCUAUCUUACAAGGAGACAUUGAUAGAGCAGUUGAACUAUGUAACCAAUAUUAUCCAGAUGUACUAGACAAGAACCCUAUGGUCUUCUUUAGAUUAAAAUGCAGGAAAUUCAUGGAAAUGGUAAAAACAUCACAAGCACAGAUAUCGCAGUUAAUGGACAAUGAUGAAUACGAAGCACAAAGCCUACAAAUAUCACAGAAUACAUCCAGUAAAAGAGAAGCUGAUCGAGAACUAGAGAACAAGAAGAAAAAGAAGCAAAAAAUCACUCAUUCUGAUGCAUUGACUGCAGUCAUGGCUUAUGGAAAUCAGUUAAAGAAACAGUAUGCUGAACAGGCAAAAACAGAUGAAUCCAUACGCAAUGAAUUAAUGACUACAUUCUCUACAUUGGCUUAUACAGACUUAUCUGAUUCAGCAGUUGCUUAUCUGUAUGAAUCAUCUCAUAUUGAACAAGCAGUGUCUGAACUGAAUUCUGCCAUUCUAGUAUCUCUUGGUAAAUACCCAAGUUCAUCUCUUGAACGUAUUUAUCGUCAAACAAGUACAGCUAUUGAAGAAUUAGUCAUGACUGGUAAUGCAAAAGCUGCUCUUUUACAACCAGAACGCGAUUGCUUUACUUUAGAGUUGUAA